AUGACCUCUGAAACUCCUGUCUGGCUGAUCACAGCCACAUCCAACGGCUUUGGUAAAGGCAUCGCAGAACUUGCUCUGGCUCGUGGUCACAGAGUCAUAGCCACUGCUCGCAAUACAGCAAAGAUUGCUGGUCUUAAAGAAUCCGGCGCAUCAACUCUUGCUCUGGAUGUAACUUGGCCGCUUCCCCAGAUCAAGGAGACAGUAAAAGAAGCCCAAAAGAUCCAUGGUAGCAUCGACAUCCUAGUUAAUGCAGCAGGCUACAUUCUUGAAGGCGCAGUCGAGGAGACGAGUCCGGAAGAAACGCUUGCUACCUUCAACACGAACGUUCUGGGCAUGCUAAACGUUACAAGGGCUGUAUUGCCGUACAUGCGAGCGCAGAGGAGCGGAGUCAUGGCUAUCUUCGGCUCUUUGGGAUCUUGGACUGGCGGGGCCGGCUUUGCAAACUACGCAGCGACAAAAUGGAGCUGCAGCGCGAUAGCCGAGAGUUUGCGUCCGGAGCUAGAGGGCCUCGGGAUCACAGCGACAGUCAUCGAACCGGGAUACUUCAGAUCUAAUUUCUUAAGCUCUGACGCAAAAGUCAAGAGCGAGGUCGAGAUUCAGGACUAUACGGAUACUGCGACAGGAGAAGUGAGGAGAUUGCUGGCUCAGGUUGGCGGUAACCAGCCAGGAGAUGUGAAGAAGGGGUGCGAGGUCAUUGUCGAUGUGUUGACUGGGAGCGGCGAGACUGGAAAGAAGGGUAUACCUCCAAGGCUUGUACUAGGAAGUGAUUGUCAGGAGACGAUUCGCGAGAAGUGUAGGGCUACGCUGGCGCUGUUAGAUGAAUGGAAGGACAUCAGCUACAGUACCGACUAUGCUAAGGGACAGCGCGUACCUGAACGGUGCCCGGGUACAGUUUUUAUCAUCUUACAGUAG